AUGCGCUUCACCGCGGUCGGAGGCAAGGCAGAGGCGUUGCUAAGUAACCUCGAAGUGUUCUUCUUGGCUGAACAGCCUCCCCGAUCGCAGCGUCUUCGAUGCCGGUCGCCUUCGUGUUUGGAGGUCACGGGGUUGUCGACACUUGAGAAAAGCGAUGGUAUGCGCUUCUGCGAAGAGUGCUUCAAGCUGCACUGCGAGCAGCACCUCAUCAAUAUCGGGGUGUUGAAAGGGCUUCACAUCCACGCUCACGACAUGAUAACCCGCCUGAAGUUUGUGCCGCUUACUGAGUGCUGGGACCGCAGCUACUACCUCUACAAGAGCGACGUUCGCAAGCUUCUACACCUUCUCUUCGGCAUCGAUUUCCCCUACACCUUUACAGAAACCUUCAAGCUGCUCGAGAGACGAUCGGCGUUACAGGUCACCGAAGAUCACAAGCGGUGGGAUACUUGCAUUGAUAUUUGCACGGGAGUGCACGACCAAUUCAGCAAACCUCAAGAGUCGAACAUUAGACAUCCCAGGCAGGCGAAGAAGCUCAACCACCUGAACUCGUACAUGUUGCGGCACUUCUGCGGCGUCGAUGCGAUUGCUCGAGGAAUGGGAAGCCAGGAAUGGUGGGUGGAGACAUACGAGGCGGCUUUCACAGCCUACGACGGCCUUCCCGCUGCGGUGACUGGAUCCCUGAAGAGGCUGAAUUGGAUGGACGGCAAGAUCGAAGCAAUGUGCCAUCAGUAUCUGGAAAAGGAGUUUGGCCUGGUGGCAGCCCCUCGGGUGAAGUACAUACAUGGGAUUGUGUGGAAGGGCRUAGGUCGUAAGGAGAGUCACUUUGUGACCCUUGCGAGUAUUGAGAAUGAGGUGGCGAGGAUGGGUACGACUUUCGAGAAGUUGAGGAGGAAAGCGAAGAAGGCGAACAAGGCGCAGCGUAAAGCGAAGGAGCGAGAUCUGAACGCGAAGAAAGCAAACAAGGCGUAG